CAACACAGUUGUUAUCAAAUUAAAAAUAAAACUUUUUCAGCUGCAGUUUUUCAGUUUUUCGCUGUUCGAUUUUUUUUACACGUGAGGCACAUUUUUGGUUAACUGUGUAUGCAUUUUGGUUUGAUAAACGCGGUCUAAUUUUUGAGUUUCUGUGUGAAUUAUUAAUAUAGUUUUAGUCUGCUACAUCUUUUGUAGAAGAGUAGAGCAGAUUUGUUUUAUUUUGACUACAAAUCCAAAGGCGUCUGUUGGACGAAGAGCAAUUAAGCAGAAUGAUGAAACAACCGCAGCAGCAACAGAUGGGCGGAGGUCCUGCUCUGUCGAUGAGGGGGGCUAUGCCGCCUAUGCAGCAUACAUUACCGAUGACUCAUAGGUCCCAAUACGGGGGUGCCUCAAAAGGAAGACUGGGCGCUUACAGUGCAGUGGGUGGGGGAUCAUUCGCGCCCUCUCUCUCCUCAUCUUCGUUUUUCACCCGACACAACCCCCACCCGAAUAGAGUGAGACACAUGCAGGGCUUGUUGAAUGUCCCCAUCUGCCAUGUGUCGGAUGAUGGGUUCCAGCCACCACAGAGACCCCUAAUGACUCCCGAAAGAAGGUCGAUCCAGAUGGCGUACAAAGGUGGUUUUGGGUCGUCAGCGGCCUCUGCUGCUCAAUUCCCCAUCUACCCCACCAACUCAUAUGGGAUAGAACAGAGAGACGUCUUUCACACCAAAGGAGUGCCCUUCAGAAAAGUGCCAAUGUUGCCCCGUUGGUUCGAGGAGCUGAAAGAUAUUGGGAAUAGAGCGGGACUGGAACCUUCACUUGCCCUGGAACAACAGCAGCCCCAGAGGGCUUCCUACUCCAAAACCACAGGUCGUUUGAACGAGGCACCCUCACGUGCCAUGAGCAGAAGUGGCCCCCAAUCGAGACAGGGGAGGAUGACCCCCUCUCAGAGCAGGAUGGGCAUGUUCACUGGGGGCAUCAACAAACAGCCGGACCACGAGGCUUUGGUCAUGGAGUGUCUGGCUCAAAUAUUGAACACAGACUCUAUCUCUGGCAUCCAACAGUGGCUAGUGUCCGCCGACCAGAGGGAAAAAGACUUGGUGGCUGAUAUGAUAAGAGCAGCACUGCAGAGUGAACAGCAGCAGAGUAUGAAUGAGUACAGCCAACAGCAGCCACUCUACGAUGAAUUCCUGGACAACAAGGCCACCAAACCAGCACAAGGCACACAGGCACAGGUUGACAGGCUAGUGGUAGCAGGAAUGGAUGAACAACACCAACAGCAGCAGGAAUUGCAGCCAGAGCAGCCACAGCAACAGAUGGGGCAGGCAGCUGGUAGUAUGGAUGCCCAGCAGAUGGGGAAUCAGCAGAGCAAAUUGCCAGACAUUAAUCAGCCCAGAACACAGUCCAGAUUGUCGGACCACAUCAAAAUGCAGAACCAGGUCAACUCACAGUCACUCAGAUUCGAGCAGCAGCCAGCUCUGCAACCACUCACAGAGAACGAUCUAGAAUAUGUCGAAUAUCAUAACCAGAACAACAUGAAUGACUGCUGAUUAACACACCAAGAUAAGAAAGUGAGAAGAAAGUCAACCAAUUGCAAAAAACGAACAGCGAUACCUAUAUUUUGAACGAUAAUUUUCAGAAGAGUUUUAGAAAUCUUGUGCUUGGCGGAAAUCAAACUUGUUAGGAUCUUUUGAAAUGUUCAACGAAGAUAUCAACUCGACCUGCAAACCGAAGUUGAAGAGAACUGCUUUCCCAAAGUGCUUAUCUACUGCAACUGCAAGCUCUGUUCUAAUCUGUCAAAGUUUUAGUUGUUUUCGAUGAUGCUCACUUGCUGACGUUUGAAAAUUAAAUUUGAAGUAUCUAAUAUAAUCUAAUCGGAUACUAAAUUUACAAUUCCAGUGGCCUACAUGCAGCAAACUGUCACCUACCCAUUGCACAGUUUGGCCUCGUAAUGAACACAAAACAAGCUCUAAUUUUUUUUAUGAUAGUAGUAACCAUCAAAGAUCUUAAUCGCAUAUAUAUACUUUUCAAAAUGUCAGCAACUGAAUACCCUAAUAAUUACAUUUCUAUGCUAUUAUCAAUGAGAAAUGUUUUCUAGCACUUACAACAGCAUUGUCAUUUGAGAGUUCAUUGCCAAUUCAUUAGUAAUUUUUCUCUGAUUAUUCAGUGAUAAAAAAGAAAGAAGAUUAAAAAGCAACAAGACUGCUGGUAUAACAAGGCGAAGCCUUGAAUGUUCCGACUGCAUUUAGGGCCAAUUAAAAUUUCUUUUUGAUUGAAUAAUUGACAAAAUAAAUGAGAAAAAAAGUUAUUUCA